AUGACCCUGGCCACCUCAGCAUGCCCCUGGCCACCUCAGCAUGCCCCUGGCCACCUCAGCAUGCCCAUGGUCACCUCAGCAUGCCCCUGGCCACCUCAGCAUGCCCCUGGCCACCUCAGCAUGACCCUGGCCACCUCAGCAUACCCUGGCCACCUCAAGCAUGCCCCUGGCCACUCAGCAUGCCCCUGGCCACCUCAGCAUGUCCCUGGCCACUUCAGCAUGCUCCUGGCCACCUCAGCAUGCCCCCUGGCCACCUCAGCAUGCCCCUGGUCACCUCAGCAUGCCCCUGGCCACCUCAGCAUGCCCCUGGCCACCUCAGCAUGCCCCUGGUCACCUCAGCAUGCCCCUGGCCACCUCAGCAUGACCCUGGCCACCUCAGCAUGCCCCUGGCACCUCAGCAUGCCCCUGGCCACUCAGCAUGUCCUGGCCACUUCAGCAUGCUCCUGGCACCUCAGCAUGCCCCUGGCCACCUCAGCAUGCCCCUGGUCACCUCAGCAUGCCCCUGGCCACCUCAGCAUGCCCCUGGCCACCUCAGCAUGCCCCUGGUCACCUCAGCAUGCCCUGGCCACCUCAGCAUGCCCUGGCCACCUCAGCAUGCCCUGGCAACCUCAGCAUGACCUCUGGCCACUCAGCAUGACCCCUGGCCACCUCAGCAUGACCCCCUGGCCACCUCAGCAUGACCCCUGGCCACCUCAGGAUGCCCCUGGCCACCUCAGCAUGACCCUGGCCACCUCAGCAUACCCUAGCCACCUCAGCAUGCCCUGGUCACAUCAGCAUGCCCCUGGUCACCUCAGCAUGCCCAUGGCCACCUCAGCAUACCCUGGCCACCUCAGCAUGCCCCUGGUCACCUCAGCAUGCCCCUGGCCACCUCAGCAUGCCCCUGGCCACCUCAGCAUGCCCCCUGGCCACCUCAGCAUGCCCCUGGUCACCUCAGCAUGCCCCUGGCCACCUCAGCAUGCCCCUGGCCACCUCAGCAUGCCCCUGGCAACCUCAGCAUGA